AUGAGUAGCAAUAGUGAAGCGUUGAAGAACAUUAAGAAUAAGCAGAGAAGGCAGAAGCUUUUUGCCAGUCUUAAACAUGAAAAAAACAAAGACCGUCAUACCAAGAGAGCUGAGAGAGCCAAAGAAGAGAGAGCAAAUCCGGAAUUGAAAGAAGAGAGAUUGGCUACUAACGUGCCAGAGACUAUUGAAUCGAAAAGAGUUUUCGAUGAAACUAUACAAGAUGAAGUUGAAGGAGAAGAUGGAUUUGAAUCAUAUUUCUCUGCAGAUACAGCAAAGGAACCAAAGAUAUUGUUAACUACGAAUGCAAACGCUCGUAAGCAAGCGUAUGAGUUUGCAGAUUUAUUAAUGGAAAUUUUUCCUAAUGUUACCUUUGUCAAACGUAAAAGAGAGUUCUCAAUGAAAGACAUGUCCAAAUUUUGCAUAAAUAGAGAUUACACCGAUUUGAUUGUAAUUAAUGAAGAUAAAAAGAAUGUUAACGGUAUUACCUUUAUACAUUUACCUGAAGGGCCAACGUUCUACUUUUCCAUUUCGUCGUUAGUUGAUGCGAAAAGGAUAGCAGGUCAUGGUAGGGCAUCAGAUCACAUUCCUGAGUUGGUUUUAAAUAAUUUCAAUACCAGAUUGGGUAAAACCGUUGGUAGGUUGUUCCAAUCGCUAUUCCCACACAGACCUGAAUUCCAAGGUAGACAGGUAGUUACCUUGCAUAAUCAGAGAGAUUACAUAUUUUUCAGAAGACAUAGAUAUAUCUUCAGAAACGAAGAAAGGGUUGGUUUACAAGAAUUAGGGCCGCAAUUCACCUUGAAGUUAAGAAGAGUUCAAAAGGGGAUUAAGGACGAGAUCGAAUGGGAACACAGACCAGAUAUGGAAAGAGACAAGAGAAAGUUUUACCUUUAG